AUGAAGGCCUCUCAGAUUCUCGCCGCCGGCGCUCUUGUCGCCCCCGCCCUCGCUCAGAACCGCACCGAGAUUGUCACCAUCACCAACACCGCCUAUACUACGUACUGUCCUGUGCCUACCACCAUUCCCAUUGGUAACGUCACUUAUACCAUCAGCAAGGCUACCACUCUUACCAUAACCAACUGCCCUUGCACCUUGACCAAGACUGGCUGGUUCAAGCCCACUCAACCUGCCCAGCCUGAGCAUGGCGGCAACAACGGCGGCAACGGCGGCAAUCCCGGAAGCAAUGGAGUCAACCCGGGAAGCAACAGCGGCAACACUGGAAGUGGCAGCGGCAGCACUGGAAGCAGCACAGGUAGCACUGGAAGCAGCAGCGGUAGCACCGGAAGCAACAGCGGCAGCACUGGAAGCAACAGCGGCAGCACUGGAAGUAGCACCGGUAGCACUGGAAGCAGCAGCGGCAGCACUGGAAGCAACAGCGGCAGCACUGGAAGCAACACUGGCAGCACCGGAAGCAACAGCGGUAGCGCUGAAAGCAACGGCAGUAGCACUACUGCAACUGCUGCCCAGCCUACCGGUACCUCUGUCGUUGUUGCCGGCGCCAACGUCAACGGCUUGAGCACUGGAGCCAUGGUUGUUGCUGGCUUUGCCGCCAUGUUGCUGUAA